AUGGAGGAAAUGCCUAUGCCGUUCUACGAAAGAGGCCCCAACCGUAUCUACUACGAAGAGGUCGGUUCGGGAUUCCCCCUGCUGAUCAUUCCGGGCGGCGGACUUAAUUCCACCGUGGCAUCUUUGAAUACUUCGGUGCCCUUCAACCCUAUGGAGACUUACAAAGGCGACUUCCGCUGUAUUGCCGCCGAUCUACGCAAUGCUGAUCUGGGCCAAUCGAGUGGGCCACUGGAGAUCGACCGCCCCUGGGACGCCUACUCUGAUGACCAGCUUGGGCUGAUGGACCAUCUCGGCAUAGAGGAGUUCCUGGUCAUGGGCUUCUGCAUCGGCGGGCCGAUGAUCCACAACCUGCUCAGGCUUGCCCCGGAGCGCAUUGUGGCGGCGGCGCUGAUGCAGCCAAGCGGGUUCAACCCGGAGGCGCCAGAUGUCUUCUACCAGAACAACACAUCGAGGUGGGGGCCUCCCCUUUGCGAGAAGCGCCCUGAAGUCACAAUGGAUAUGGUCCAUGACUUCCUAACCAGCAUGUACACCGACCGCGCCGACUUCGUCUUCACCGUUUCACGCGACUUUGUGCGUGCCCUGCAGACACCGCUGCUGAUAGCGCCAGAUGAUGUGCCGGCGCACCCAUACGAGUGCGCGAUGGAGGUUGCCAGCCUCGCCCCGAACUCCGAGGUAACCAUAUUCCCCUGGAAGGACUCGCAGCCGCACAUCGACGAGGUCGUAUCUCACGCCCGGCGCUUCCUGAAGACCCAUGAACUGGUAGCCGCGACAGCCUAG